CAUAAGUCCUGGUGAAUGCACAGGGAGAAGACUUUUGUUACAAAUUCUAUGAUCGCUACCUCGUCCAUAAAUAUCCAACGAAUAGACUUCAAAGCUAAGGACGACGAAAAUCAUCCCCCACAGAUCAUCAUGUCGGCUCGGACUCUCCACAUCAUUUUCUUCGCUAGUCUUGCAAGCCUCUUCCUCUCCACUCACUGCGACAAUCAAUCUCAGAAAGAUGUUGCUCUGUUCAUCUUCGGCGACUCCCUUAACGACGCAGGGACCAACAACUACAUAGACACCCUUUUCAGAGCAAACUUUCCUCCGUAUGGCGAGACGUUCUUCCACCAUCCCACCGGCAGAUUCACCGACGGUCGUCUCAUCGCUGAUUUUAUCGCUGAAUAUGCAAAGCUACCGCUGAUUCCCCCAUAUCUCCAAAUGAAAGAUGAUGAAUUCAUGGGAGGGGCGAAUUUCGCAUCCGCUGGAGCUGGUGCUUUGGUUGACACUUACAAAGGAUUUGUGGUGGAUAUGAUGGUGCAGCUGAAGCAGUUUGAACAGCUAGAGAAGAAGCUGAGGAAGAAGAUGAGGAGUGAGAAGGCAAAGAGGAUAAUCAAGGAGGGUGUUUACUUGAUUAGCAUUGGAAACAAUGAUUACUUCGUUUAUGAUCCUGCUCUGUUUAAUUCCAUUUCCAUGGAAGAUUACGUGGGGAUGGUGAUUGGAAACAUCACCACUGUGCUCAAGGGAAUAUACAAAGUAGGAGGAAGAAAAUUUGCAAUGAUAGGAAUAGGGCCAAUUGGGUGUGUGCCAGCCAUGAGAGCAUCGACCAGAAAUGGAACUUGCUCAGGUAAAGCCAACAAGCUCGCAAAGCUUCACAACAUUGCGCUUCCUUCAAUUCUCGCAAAGCUGGAGACUCAACUGCAAGGAUUCGAGUACGCCUACUUCGACUUCUACACCACAGGCAGUGACAAUAUAAAAAACCCGUCAAAAUAUGGUUUCAAGGAAGCGAAAACCGCGUGUUGUGGUUCGGGUCCUUUUAGGGCAGAACCAACUUGUGGAGGCAAGAGAGGGGUGGAGGAAUAUUCAUUAUGUCGUCAUCCGGAGAAGUACGUGUUCUUUGAUGCCAACCAUCCAAGUGAGAGGGCUAACCGGCAAGUUGCGCAAUUGAUGUGGAAUGGGAGUCUUAGUGUAAUCAAACCUCACAACCUGGAAGCAUUGUUCAAACUUGAAGGUGUUUAAAUUUUAUAAUUAUCUGGAAUUGUAGGUAAAUAACCACAUCCCGCUCGAACAUCAAGCUAUGAAUGACGAGGCAUAAUGUUGGAUUGAUUGUAUGGCUGCACUUCUGUUAUAGAAUGAGGAUGUUCAAAUGA